AUGAACGUGGAAGAGUUUCGACAUGAACGUCUGAAGCUGCCGGGAAGUUUUAUGCGGCUUCUGCAGAUCCAAGGUGGGACGAAGAAGGAUGGCAUCAGUUUGCGUAUCACACAAUAUGCCGUCCACCGACGACCGCCCUACGCUGCCAUCUCCUACACCUGGGGCAAGGCCGGGGAGACCCGACAAAUCCGAGUUAAUGGCCGUCUGUUCCAUGUUCGGGUCAACUUAUGGAAUCUGCUGCUUCACCUGCGACAGCGGGGGGAAAGUCGAUUUCUGUGGAUUGACGCCUUGUGCAUCGACCAGCAGAACCUGGAGGAGCGCAACUUCCACGUCCAGCUGAUGGGCAGCAUCUACGAGAAGUCCGACAAGGCUAUUGUUUGGCUGGGCCUCCCGUCCGAGGACAGACGACAGGCGCGCGUCAUGGACUUCAUCAUCGAAAUGGCCGCGUUUCGACGGGAGCACACCUCCAUGGCGUUCCAAGAGACGUAUCUGGGCAACCGGUCGCCGCAACGAUGGACGAAUCUGCUCGAACUGUGCAGAGGGACCUACUGGACACGGACCUGGAUCAUUCAGGAAUUCGUCCAGGCAAGCAAGGUCGAAGCGCUUUGCGGUACGGCAAGUCUGGACUGGAACCACUUUGAAGAGGUUGUGCGAGCAGUCCAGGAAGUCUUAUCUACCGCGCCGACUCCGUCGCUACCGUCAUUUGUGCAGCAGUUCACGCAGACCAUUCCGUUCCGACUAACGUCACGCCGCCUAUCGCACACCGAGUCCACGCUGGAAGAGCUGCUCGCCGAGUUUUACGAUUCCAAGUGCGCAGAACGCCGCGACAAGGUCUACGGCGUGCUGGGCAUUGCCGACGACUGCGGCCUCGAACCCGAGACAGGUCUCUUCCGGGGCCCGCAGCCAGAUUACGCAAAACACAUUCUCGAGGUGUACUUCGAGAUCUUCACGUAUCUGCGCCCAUCCGCUACGCGAGAGAGACUGUCUGUGCAGGCUGCACGCCUGGCUCAAAAUGCUCUUGAGAUCACCCAGGCCGACGUGGCGACCUACGUGGCCCUUGCGACCAAGGAUGGACAGGACACGUCCACUCUCGACACCAGGUUGGUCGAGCUCAGCUGUGCUCUGGUGCCGGAUUACGUGAACACCAUCGACCUGGUCCUUCCAGGCUGGACAAGCCUGCGCGACCUCCGCCAGCGGCUCGAGCAAGUCGACUGGGCCAAGUACGUGGGCCACCAAGUGAGACGCAAGACGUCGCGGCCGACACCGUUGCAGCGGAAAUCAAGCCCUGCGCCGCCUUCUACCGGGGCCAAACAGACAGAAUACAUCCGCACCCCUUUGCCCACCGACUUGCUCGACAACGUGCUCCACGCCGCCGAGCACAGCGACGACAUCCGGCAUCUGUACAACUACCCGACAUCGCUGGGCUGCCGGGUUCCCGUCGAGCACAUUCUUCUCCACCAUGAGGACAAGCAGCGGGCGAACAACCCGCAGCUCACGAAGCCGUCGGUCAUCAUCGAGUCGAAUCCCACUCUAGGCGUCGAUCCGGUCCGGGUCGGGUUCGCGUGCACCGAUGCCCGCGCGGGCGAUCUGAUCUGCCAGUUCCGCGGCGUCGAUGUCACGCUCAUUGCCCGCAGGGUGGGCGGUGGUGGCGCUGGCUUGAAGCUGGUUGGCCGUGCUAGGAUGGUCACUCAUCAGGCCUUGAAGGAAACUCAUGCUCAUCCUGGAUGCAAGGCCGGCCUUGGUCCCGGUGCAGACAAGCAGUGGUCCCGCAUCGUCUGCCCACCCGAAGGAGGUCAGCCCAGCAACGGGAAUGAAGAGCAGUGGGAGUUGCACACGGAUCCAAUCAGUCUGUGGGAGGUGCUCGAGGGAGGGUGA